AUGAAAAUACCAGAAAAAUACUACAAGAAUCAUCCAAAAAAUGAUCUGAAGCAAUUAGAUGAUAUUCUUAAACUGAAGGAAGAUAGUGAAUUCAUUAAAGCGCUGAAAAGUUUAAAGAAAAACACAGAUUAUAUGAAUCGUAAUAGCAUGUACUAAAUAGCUAUGUUGCUUGAUAGGUGUGACUCUAUCCUAUCCAAAAACAAUGAUUUGCAAAAUAAGAAGAUUAAUGAUGAAUCAAUAAAUACUUAAAUUUUGAAAUUUUUAGAGUGGUCUUUUGAAUAUAAUAAUUUCUAUAAACUCUUUUGCUCUUUAGAAUAUGUGAUUUUUAUUUUAGACAAUACUGACACAUUCAAGAACAUGUAGCUCUGCAUUCGCAUUUGCUAAAGUUUAGUCCGCUUCAGCGACGAAAGCAAUAUUAGCUACUAGAUGAUCCCUUAAAAAUUCAUUUAUAAAGAAAAGUUAUUAGAUUAUGUGAAGUUUGCUUGUCAUCAUGUUAAUAUUUUAAAUGGAAAAGGCAUAAAAACCUUAUAAAAAAAGGAUAAUAGCACAGUUAAUUAAACAGGCUUCUAGUUAAGUGAGAUUUAUUAUGAUGAUCCUAGGAUAGAAAUUCUUAAAAACAGAAAAGAUGUUUAAUCUGGAUUCAAAGAAAGCGCCCUUAGAAAAAGUUCUGUCUAAGGUAGAAUUCUAAAAUUAAGUACUGAUGUAACUGCUGAAUUAAUUUAAAAUAAUAAUAACCCUUUGGAAUCUAUGGUGUAAGAUGAAGUCAAUCAAACUAUCUAUGAAAAUUUUUUCACUUAGAGCCAUUUAAAAUCUAUAUACUUCUCUACCUAUUCAGGAGAGUAGCCUUACAACUUCAAUGAAUAAUAAGAAAAUUCAGAAAAUAAUAAUAAUAAAAAUACAUAUGCCCAGUUGUUUGAAUAAUAGCCAAAUCAAAAAUUAUAAAGCGAAUAAACAUAAGGCAAAGAAUCUGACAAAAAUGAAAUUAAAGAUAUAGAGUUAAGAAUAGAUGCUUUAGAUUUUGAAAAUAAAAAUUGUGCUGAGAUAGCUUAGAAUUUAAUCAAAGAAAAUUCUCUUAAAGUAGACAUUAACACUUCUGAAUUUUCUAGAAUUAGAGUAGCUCUUAUGUAUUUAAAGCAUAGAAACAAUCUCAAAGAGAGAAAUCAAAUGAUUCAUUAUUUCAUCAAUUCUUUUAAAAUUUUAAUUAAAAAUAAAAAUUCUGAAUAGCUGAGCGCUUUCAAUUCAAAUGAAUUGCUUGAAUAGUUGGUUAGCAUACUUUAUUUAAAAAGCUGUCCUAAAAUUCAUGCUAAAAUUAUUAGAUUUAUUAGAUAUUAUUUUAAAAGCUAUAUUAUUCAAAAUUUUGAUUUUUUCAGGUAAAUAUUAAAUGGAAUAGCUACUUUAAAGUUUGAUGAAAGUGGAGAGAAAAUAAUAUUUGAUUAAGAGCAACAUGAAGAAUAUAUAUUACCUAUUGAAACUGCUGUGAAUUAAGAUUUUCAAAAGAAAUUUAUUAGCAUGAUUGGGGAGAAAUAUGAAAGUGCACAAAAUAUCAACUAUUAGUAAUAAAUUGCUGAAUAUAUUAUUAAAAUUGCUAGCAACACAUCAGAAACUAUUUCAAGUAAUUAGGCUUAAGAAAUAGGAAAAAAUAUCAAGCUAAUUUAUAGUUUCUAAGUUGUUUCUAAGGCUAGAUAGACUUUAAUAAAUUUGAUAAAAAAUGAAUAAGUCAACAGGCAGUUCUAAAUUUUUGAGAAAUAUAUCUUGCCUCAGCUUUUAAUUCAUUUAACUUACUGCAAAAUGGCUGAAAGCUUGCAAUAUUUUGAUGCUAAGUUGAAUUAAUGGAAAAAUAUUACUAAAGAAGAUUAUUACUCAACAAUCAGCCUCUACUUAAAUUGUAUUAACAAUAUUUUUAGAAACUCCUAAAAUCUUCGUGGUAACUAGACACUUUCAAGAAAAAUAUUGCAAACAAAUAUAUUUGAGAUUUUGAUAGACACUUUGAAUUACUUCCAUAAUUUAGAUUUCUUCAUUAAUUCUCUUGUGUUUGUCUAUAGAUUGAUUAAUGAAUAGCCAUAAUUGAUGAACUCUCUCGUUCAAAAAGGGCUUAUCAAACUGCAAGUAGAUAUUCUUGAAAGAGAAGAAAUUCCUCAAGAUAUUACUCAAAUUAAAUCUAUUAUUUAAUAUAUGAUCAUUUCAAGUAUAACUGAGGAAGGCAAACUCAUCAUAACUAAUUCUAAAAUAAUGUCUAAAAUUUUCAACAUUUUUACUUAAAAGAAGUAUGUUGAUUGCCUCACAAUAGCUUGGGUUUAAGGUGAUCCUAAUAAUCAAAAUCCUUUACUUUAAAUCGCAGAGUACAUGGCAAGAAAUAUUCGUAACUUGGAGUAAAACGCACCAAACGAAAAACCUGUUAUUAUUGAUCUCAUCAUCAAGACCUUUGAAAAUUUAAUUAAACAAAAAGAUAAAUUCCUUGAUAACUUUUAAAAGCAUAUGAACAAACAACCAUACGAUACAAAUGAUCUUGAAUUUAGUAUUUAAGAAUAUCCACAAUUCUCCUUUUUAAUUGAUAAUUUUUGUAAAUUUUACUAAUCUUUAUGCUAAAAAGAUUAGUAUUUUCAAAAGCAUUCUGAACAUUAUUAAAUUUAUUCUUUGUUCUUGUAACUAGUCAAGUUCCCAGUUCUUGAUAUGGUAGAUACCUACAGUAAAAAAGGACUGCUUGGAUAUAUGAUUAAUAUUGGGCAGUUUAUGGGACAUAAAUCUUUAAUUGAAGUGCAUGCUAUUUUAAAAAAAGAAUUUUAAAUGAUUUAAAAAAUGUUAGGAUGCGAAAGUGGUAGCUUUUAAGGGGUUAGAGAUUUAUAAAGCGUAAUUCCAAAUGAACUUUUUUACAAAACAAGCACUUUAGAUCACUAAAAGGUAUUUGAAAAUCCCGAUCCAGAAUUAGUUUUACCUGUCUAGCUCUUCAAUAGCUUAAACUUUGUUGAGGGACUUAUAAGAAUAAUUUACAUAAGUCUUAGAUAAAAUAAAGAAUCUAAAAUCGACCCAGAAGAUUUUGCCAAAACUGUAAACUAAAUGCAGUAAUUAUAUGUUAUAUUAACCAAUUAAUAAAACAAUGAGCUCAUGUACAAUCUCUAAAAGAAAUAUGAGUAAACUUUGAAUUUAACUGACAAAAAAAAAAUUGAAUCUGAAGAAUGUGAGUGCAUUGAUCUCUAUAAUUAAACACAAGGAAUGGAUUAUUAAAACCAUUAGGCAAAUAUUUACUUUGCUAUGAGAAGCAUCUUUAAGGCACUUUUGCAAGGAAAGACCAACAUUAUUAAGGCUAACACAUAGUAAGAAGUUUAUGCUAGGGCCAUCUAAAAAGUUAUACAAAAUAUUAAUCACUUAGACGAAACUGAAAUAAAUAAUUUAAAUAAAUUAGCAGAGCUAAAUGUUAACUUUGGUCAUAUCAUACUUUUCUUAGACGUUUAUAUUGACGAUGCUAAGAAAAAAGGAGUGUUCUAAUAAGAAUAUGUUAUUGACUUAAAUUUGUUUGCUUAGCUUUACGAGCUUAAAAUUUUAGAUAAACUUGUUGACCAUAUUAAAAUGGCUAUAAAAGCACUUUCAUAAUAUCGCUCUAAGGAUAAAGCAUCCAAUUUGCAUGAUAAACUUAUAAAUUCCACCAUGGUUUCAUUAACAGAAAAGCUCAUUUAUAUUAUUAGCAACAUUUUCAUCACUCAUGUUGAUAUAUCCUAAGAUGUCUAUAUUAAUUCUAAUAAAUUGUCUGAUUUAGGAAUAGAAAAUAUCCUAAAUGGAAUUAAUUAUUAUUUCAUUGAACAAUUUGAAUAAAUUAUUUCUGAAAGCUUAGUUCCUCUUUAAUAAGAAACUACAUUCAUUCCUUUAGUAGAAGUUUUAUUCUAAAAAAUAGUAAAAGUAUUUAAUCUUGUAGGAAAAAAUGCUCCAUUGAUCAUCGAUAUUUAGCAGUCCCUUCUAGAAAAAAAGAAACUAGAAGAAGAAGAGAGAAAGAAAAAAUUCAACGCAGAUGUUAAAUAGCUUGAAGAAAUGGGUUUCCCAAGAAGAAGAGCUAUCGAAGCUCUUAGAAGGUGCAAUAAUAAUAUUGAUGAAGCAAUAGAUAACUUGGCUUCUUAAAGAUUUGGUUUUGAUGGAAAUUAAGAUUAAGGUGAAGAAGAUUCUGAAUUUGAUAGCUUUUAAAAUAUAGGAAGAAUGGCAAGAGGGUUCUCAACUAAUGCUGUUUAAGAAAUAUAAAAGAAGAGUUUAGAUUUAGAAUCAUCUGAUCAUAGCGAAUUAACUUCACUUCUAGAAUCUAAUAAAUAACAUUAAAAUGAAUAAAAAAUAAAAACUAAAAAUUUGCAGUGCCUAAAAAAUAAAAUUUAGGAAUUUAGAGAAAGUACCUCGCAUUUGUUGUUAUCUAAUAUCUUAAAAUUUGAUAAAUCAGAAUUAUUAGUCUCUGAUAUUAUAUUAAAAUAUUUAUGUGAUAGAGGAAACGAAGAAGAAAAAGAUAAGAAUAUUUCUCAGCAACCUCUAAUGAGCAUCCCUGAUAACAAAGUAGCUCCAUCCACCUCUAAUUACGAAGUUGUUCAAAUUAUUUUAUGGAAUUUCAGAUAUCUAGCAAAUCAAUUAAAUGACUCCAAAAAUUCUAUUAAAAUAUCAAAUAAAGUUCUUCCUAUAGAUUACAAACCUAAAAUUAUACUUAACAUAGAUUAAAAAAGCGGAUAAAGUCCCAUCAUUUUUAUUUCUUACUUAUCUAGGAUACUCUUGAUACUCACAAAAAUAGGUCAAAAGUCUCUCAAAUAAGUCAUCUACAAGAAUUCUCUUGGUCAGGAAAUAUUUAAAUUCUGUGGGGAGGUAACAGAAAAAAAGAUUUAGAAUGAAAACUUAAGCGAAUAAGAUUAGUAAGUAGUUUAACUAUUCUUUUUGAGAAGCAUAGUAUAUGCACAUAAAUUUGUAGAAAAUUCAAAGAUAUGCAAUAAUGCAAGCGUUAGCAAGAAAAAUGAUCAAUCAAUAUCUUCACUUUAAGCAAACAGCAAUAAAGAUGAUUCAAUGCUUUCAAAGAACUCUAAAAAGAAGAGCAAAAAAGAAAAAUAAAAAGGUGAUAUCUUUGAGGAGCUGAUUAAAUUUUUAUAAAAGAUUCUAGAUAUAUCUGUUAAUUUAAAUGAAAACAAGAAAAUAGCUCUACUAAACAAUAAAACUGUUCAAGGAAUAAUAACAAUACUUACUUAAUUAUUGUAGAGGGAUUGGAAACAACUUUCUAAAGAAAUCUAUGAUUCAUAGAUCUUAAAUUAUAUUUUGAAGUUGAAAAAUAUUGGCAGUUUAGAUGGAAUAUUAGAGAAAUUAUGCCAUUUAUAUACUUUGGCUUUGAAUGAUGAAGAAGUUGAAACCGUAUCUAUAGAGGCAUAAAUCAAAUAAUUCUUCUUAUAUCAUAAACACUCUAGUUAACCUUAAAAUUCUAGCUAAAAUAAGCCAAAUAAAACUACUGAAGACAGCAAUGUUCAAAUAUUGAAAGAAAGCAAUCUGUCUCAAAACAAAGAAGAUGCUAUUAGAAUUCCUCUUGAUAUCUUCUUGCAAAAGUUUGCUAGCUUUUCAUAAGUAUCUUGCUUCAAGAACAUCUACAACAGAAUUUGUACAACAAAAAAAAUAGGAGGAAAAGAGUACACUGAACUAAAUAAAGAUAUCGAUAUCUAUAAAUGCUAGAUUCCAGUUUCUACAUCUUCCACUAAUUAAUAAACUAGCACAACAACAUAAAAGAAAAAAUCAAACUCUAAUUCUUAAAACUCUUCAAUAAUGUCUUCCACCUAAAUCAUUCCAUCAAGCUUGUUGCUUAACCCAUCUAAAAUGGAUUACACCUCAAAUUUUGCAUUGAAGAAUUAGUAAACAUCUAACUUCCUUAACCUGUUGCUUGAAACUUUCAUUACAAAAGUAACAUAAAAAAUAUCAAAUCAUAAGAACUUGAGUAAAUAAAAAACUAAGCUUAACGAGUCUCCUACUAAUGAUAACAAAGGAUAAUAAGAAAAACAAGAAAAUGAAGCUGACUUGUAAAACUCACAAAAAGAAGAUUUAUAAGAAAUAGAUGAAGGUGUAUUAUUAUAUCUUAUUCACUACAUCAUAAAGAAAUUCCCUGUGCUCACCCCUGUUGUUUGUAAAUUUAAAAUUGCUAAAAUAGUACAAAAAGCUCUCCAAAGUGAAGAAGAUUGCAAUAGCCUUUUAUUGACUCCUUGGCAAUAAAAGGGAUAAAUCAAUUAAAUAUAAUGUUAAAAUCUCAAUCAAUUGAAUUUUGUCCAUUUCUUAACAAGAGUUGUCAUGAAAUAUUUCUAGAAUUUUUCAAGAGAUCUUUUGUUAGAGCUAUGUAUGGAUUCUUUUGUCAUGCGUUCAUCCCAUGAAACAUAUGCAAAUGAGAUUCGUAAGCAAGUUUACUUAGAUAUUUUCACAUUUUUGGAUUAGCCAAAUAUCUUAGAAUCACCUCAAAGUGUUCAUAAUUUAAUUACUUAUAGCUAAUUGCACUGCAUUUUGCUAAACUUAAAGCAAUUUAAAAAUGCCGUUGCUUUCAACUCAAUUAACAGCUAAAUGAAUAUUUCUUCUAACACUGAUUUGGUUUCAUACAAGCAACUAAAUAUUUAAUAGUUAAAUUUCAUAAAGGUAUAUAACAACAUUCUUAGUGCUUUAAAAAUCAAGCAGUAUUAUCAAUAUGAGAAUAUUAUUCCAUUUAUCUAUCAUCCUCUUUCAAUUUUAAAUCGUUAUGCCUUCUAGAAUAUAUUAAUUAAAGAUAAAAAGAAUUUAUCUGCUGAUGCUAAAUAUAUAUAUCAAACUGUCAGUGCUUAGUUUAUUCCAAUUAAAUUUGGUAAUCACCUUUUAACUAGUAACUUUGCUGCAGAGUGGUAGAAAAUACUUCAACUUAGUGACACCUUAAAUGGAAAUUAAUAUGAUCAGCAAAUCUAUGAACAAUAGUUAGGUUAUAACUAAAUUGACCCUCUUGAUGAGCGCUAACAAAACUUCAUUGGAAGAUUUGGAGACUUUAUAGAAAUAGAUGAAGACCCAGGUGAAUUAGAAUUAUAAAUGGAUAAUCCUGAAUUCUAAAUCUAAGAAGAAGAAGAAGUAGAACAUAUUUUAAGAAGAAAUGAGCUUUAAGAUCAAGAACAAAUUGAAUAGGAGGAAGAAGAAGAUGAAGAGGCCUUCUAAUAAGCUGAAAUAUAACCAAGAAUUAAUUAAUUUGAAAAUUAAAUGCUUAUCUUAGAAAAUAGCCUUUCAUAAGACCCUAAUCGUUACAUCCUUGAGCCUGAUAUCGAAGAUGCUGAUGAAUAAGAAGACGAAGAGUAAAAGCAAGACGAUUAAUUUGAAGAAAGUGAAGAAGGUAUGAGUGAGUUAGAAGUACAAGGUCAUAGAAUCAACUAAUAGUUGUAUGAAUAAAAUGUCUAAGUUGGUGGAGAAAAUGAAGAUUAAGAAGUUGCCAUUUUAGAGUAAGAAGAAGAUAUCUAAGGAGAAAAUGAUGAUGAAGAUGAAGAAGAUGAAGAUCAAGAUAUUGAAGACAUUGACGAUGAAGGAGAUUAUGAUUAAAUCUUUGAAGAAAAUAAAACCAAUACUUAAAAUUCAAGCAUAAGAAAUCCAAAUUUAACAAGUGAGACUUAAGUAGUGGAGAAAGACAUAAAAAAAUAUUUGAAAUUUGAUGAAAAGACUCUAUUUUGCCAACAUUAGAUAAAUCUCGCUCUUUUAGACUUGCUUAAAAAGCUAAUAAAGCAAAAGCUUCUAGGAAAGGAUUUGAGUACUUUUUAUGAUUUAUAUUAACAUCUAGAGAGUCGCUACAAUAGCUACUUCUAAAAAUCAGCAGAAGACUGGAAAAAUAUAGAUUAUAAUUAUCAAAAUCUCAACAAAUAGUAAAAAUCUCGUCCAUAGAGAGUUGAUGAAGCCAAUUACAUAGAAUAGUAUUAGGGUUUAAUUAAUGACCUUAUGCAAAGAGAUCCUUCAGAUUCAAACUUAAGAGAGCUAAUUAGAUAGAUAGAAGAAGGCCGUAGAAGCAUAUUCAAUCAUGUAGGUUAAUUAGAUGCUAUGAAUAAUGAAUAAAACGAUAUUUAGAAUAUUUUCUAACCUCUCUGGGGUCGUAUUUAAAGUUAUAACAACUUACUUCAAAAUCAAUUAAACAAUAAUCGCAGAAAUUUAAAUGAAGCGGCACAAACAAAUGAAUAGCAAGAGAGAGAAUAUAAUUAAAUGAUGAGAAACAUGAGAGAUAUUCUUAUUUCUGAUGCUGUUGAAGAUGUUCUACCUAAUUCUUAAGGUCAAGAUUAAGCCGUUGCUUAGUAAGAAUUAAAUGCAGAGAAUAAUAAUUAAAGCAUAAAUAACCAAGCCAAUAACAACAAUAACAAUGAAUCAAGUAACUAGGUAGGUGAGCUAAAUGCAAAUUCUAUAGAAUCUCCUAUUUUGUCUCCAAUGUAAUAGGAAAGCUCUCCUUUAAGAGAUUCAUAACCUAAUUAACCAGAUAUGUUAUAAGUUUAAGAAUAAAGUCCUCAAAUAUAAAAUUAAUAAUAGCAACAAGAAUCUUAAGCUGCUUAAAUGGAAUAAAAUCUUUAAGAUAUAUUGUAAUAAGCUCUAAGUUAAAGCUUGUAAUAGAAUGUACAGUAAUAAACUUUGUAAUAAAAUACCUAAGCACUUAAUUUACAAAUGGCAGAUUUUAGUUCAAUUUUAAACAGCAUUUCUACUAUUUCUAAUACAAAUAAUUAAUAACCUCAAUAGUAAUAAUAGUAAAAUCAGCAACACUCUUCAUCUGUUGAAGUUGUUAAUUAGCUUAAUUCAUAAUAAUUACUCCAACAAUAAUAACUACAACACUAGUAAUAAUAACAACCUUCUUAACAAGAAAGCUAAUUAUCUGAUAUAAUUUUAAGAGAGUUACAAAAUUCAUUUUAAAUGAUUUAAUAAUAAGGAGGAAAUAAUAAUAGUAAUUAAGAAUAAUAAAUCUAAUAAGGAUCAUCAAAUAUUAACUUAUAACAAACAAAUUUCAAUUCUCUUCUUACUAACUUAUAGAACGUUAUUGGAUUGACUUAAUAACAAUAAUAAAAUUCCUAACAUCAAUAGCAAGAAUAAGAAAGCGCCGAAAUUGUUUAAUAGUAGCAAUAGUAAGAGCAAGUUUAGCUUUAGUAAGAAGAUCCUUAAUAAGUUUAAGAGUAGGAAGAAAUUCCAGACUUUUUACAAAGAUCAUUAGCACUUUUACAACAGUUCAAUAUGGAUUUAGGAUUCUUCGAAAGAAACUCUAUUGAUCCUAUAAUAUUUGAUUCUUUGCCAGAUGAUAUAAAAUUAGAAACAAUUUAUACUUAUCAACCUACAGAGCAAGCUUACUAAGAAUAAUUGCUUUAAUAACAGAGAUAGCAGUAAGCUUAACAAAAUAAUUAAUAAGGGAAUAAUAACAAUAAUUAAUAGGCUAAUUAAUAAGCUUAACAAUAAUAGUAGUAAUAAGCUCAAUAACAAUAACCUUAGGCAGAAGAAAUGGAUGCCGCUACAUUCUUAGCUUCUCUUCCACCACAUUUAAGAGAUGAAAUUCUUUUGACAUCCACUUAAGAAUUUCUUUAGUAAAUCCCUUAGGAAAUGAGAUAUCAUGCUAUUAUGCUUUAAUAAAGAGGUGCAGCUUAUGACAACUAAGAGGCAGAAUUAAACUAGUUGAGAAAGAGAGAAUAGAAAAAAGCUCUUGAGUAAUAACGUAAAAAAGAGGAACUAAAAUAAAAAUUCUUAAAGAUGAAGGAAAGAAGAGACUAGAUAGUAGAGGAUGCAACUAUUGCUCCUUUACUUUCAGAAAUAGCUGAUGAAGAAGUAAUGGAAAGAGUGAUUGAGUUACUUUAUGUUGGAAGCGAAUCCUUUAUCAAUUAUCCUUUCAAUUUGUUGACAUCAUUGCAAGAGAAUCCAUAUUCUGAAUAUAAAAUUUUAGAUGCUAUGAUGUUUAUUUUGAGGAAUCCAUCUAUUUUUAUUCUUCAAAACUAACAAAAGUAGUAAUCAAAAGAGAGUCAAUCAAAUGGAAAGAUUUUCCCACCAAAUGAAAUAAUUUAGAGAAAUAAAGAACCAGUUACUUCUUCUAAAGAAGUUUAUUAAUAGAUUGCUUAAAAAAUAUUAUUUUUGUUUUGCAAGAUUACAGAGAAGAAUAUUCUCUUCUUUAUUGAUAAGGAAAAAGCUGAGUCAAGUUUUGAUAGCAUUAAGUGUAUAUCUGAUUUAAAAGAUAUUGCUCUCCCUCAAACCAGUGGCAACAAACUGAGAAAAAUGCCAUACUAGGAUUUAACUUAGUUAUUAACUUCAAAGGUAAUUUUUGAGAAUACUGUUUUACUUGAGUUAUUGAUUAAGCUUCUCCACAACAUUUCUAAAAAGUACUACACUUAUUACUUUAAUUAACCUACUCUCUCUGACUAGUCCAACGAAAGCAAAGAGACUCAGGCUUUUGAUAACUUGAAACUUAAAUCUUGCACUAGCACAGAUGAAGAAAGAAAAUAAUUGAAGAAUCAAUCAAUUAAGAGUAUUUGCUAAGUUCUAUCAAGUGAUCAUCUAUCUAAAUCAUCAAUUAAGAAAAUUUCUGAUAUAAUUAAUUACAUGUGUAUCGAUGAAUUGAAUUUAGCAGAAUUUAUUGCUGAACUCAAGAGCAUUAUUAUGGUUUUCGCUGAGGAAAUUAAUCUAAUUCUAGACGAAAAUCUUCCUCCUCUAAGAGUCAAUUCUAAAGACCAGAAACCUUUGAAAAGUAUUCAAGAGAGUGUUUAAGGAGUUUCUAAGGUUUAGAAGAUGUUUUCGAUUAUUAAAGAAUUAUUUGAGAAAUCACAGGUUAAAGAAGUAGAUCAAAAGCAAAAGGAGCCUGAAGAGGAAGAGGAAUCAAAAGAGUAGAGUCACAGUAACAAAAAGGAUUAAGAUCAAAAUUAAGAUAAAGAAACAACUUUACAAAAGUUCAACAAAGAAUAAAAUAUAAAGCUAAAUAACAUCCGUGAAAAGAUUCAGCUUGAAUUUAACUAAUUAGCAUAAGAUAAAUAGCUAUAGAAUUUAUGGAUAAAUUUAUCAGAAUUAUUUUCUUUGAUUGGCGAAAAUAAUGAUUAAGCCAAAACUUAAUAGAUAGUUUAAACUCUCUAACCACUACUAGAAAGCUUCUUAAUAAUUUAAUUCAACAUGCAAAAUAAACAAACUGUAGAUCCUCUUGUUCAAUAACUACCUUCCAUUCCUAAUAUUUCACCCUAAUCAAGCAGAUACAAAUAGUAAUUGCAACCCUCUGAAGAAUUUUAAAUCAGUCACCUUCACUUCAAAGAUGUCAGAGAAAGAUUCAUGGGAUCUCAUCAUCUUUUUUACUUUGUCUGUGAAAAAUCUAAAGUUAUUAUCAAUAUUUUGAUAAGAGCAAAGCUCAGCGAAAUAGCCCGUAGACAAAACUAGGAAAUCUAGCACAGAAAUUCAAGAGGAAUCGAAGAUGCUACAAUCCUAAAGGAACCUGUUGGUUUAGUCUUCAAAUAUAUUCCUCGUAUUAUCGAUUUCGAAAAUAAGAAACUCUUCUUCCAAUUGGAAAUAAAUAAAAUCAGAGCAAGCUCACCAAGCAGCUAAAUAAGCCUAACAAUUAGAAGAAAAGAAGUUUUAGUAGACUCUUUCUAUACAAUUAACUAAAUGAAACCACAAGAUCUCAGACAAAGACUUCGUAUUUAAUUCGAAGGAGAAGAAGGUAUUGAUGCUGGUGGAUUAACUAGAGAAUGGUUUAUCAUUUUGUCUAAAGAAAUUUUCAAUCCUGGAUACUGUUUGUUUUUACCUUCAUAGAGUGGUAACACUUUCUAACCUAAUCCAAAUUCCUACAUCAACAGUUAGGAUAAGUAAUACUUUGAAUUCGUAGGUAGAAUAGUCGGAAAGGCUCUGUUUGAUGGAUAUAUGCUUGAUGCAUAUUUCACUAGAUCUUUCUAUAAGCAUAUCCUAGGAUAGGAAAUCACAUAUCACGACAUCUAAGAUUAAGAUAAUGAAUUCUAUAAGAACAUGAAAUGGAUUGUAGAAAACGAUGUAACCGGUUUAGAUCUAACCUUUGUAUAUGAAAGUGAUCAAUUUGGCAAGCUUUAAGAAAUUGAAUUAAAACCAAAUGGAAAGAACAUACCUGUUACAAAUGAAAAUAAACAAGAAUAUGUUCAAUUAAUUUGCAAGCAUAGAAUGGCUAUUAGAAUUGAAUACUAAAUCAACUUCUUCUUAAAGGGCUUCCAUGAUAUUAUUCCUAAAGAUAUUAUUUCAGUGUUCGACUCUCACGAACUUGAACUUAUGAUAUCUGGUCUUCCUGAUAUAGAUAUUGCUGAUCUCAAAGAAAACACAGAAUACCACAAUUAUUCACAGACAGAUAAAAUUAUUUAAUGGUUCUGGGAAAUUCUUUCAACAUAUGAUAGGACAUAAAAAGCUGCCUUUAUUUAAUUUGUUACAGGUACUUCUAAAGUUCCUCUCGAAGGAUUUUCACAACUAAGAGGUAUAUCAGGCUAUUAAAAAUUCUAAAUUCACAAAGCAUACAACACAGAAAAACUUCCUACAACACAUACAUGUUUUAAUCAACUCGAUCUACCUGAGUAUCCCACCAAAGAAAUAUUAAUAGAAAAGCUAAAUUACGCUAUAUAAGAAGGAAAAGAAGGAUUCGGUUUUGCUUGA